AGUGUCCCGGCCUUACCUGUAGCACAGAAAUGAAUGGAUUAUCUGGUGAUGAGCUGAGUGGUGGUGAAGUGAAGUUGGAGUCGGGAUCGCCACCAGCCGAUGAUACGUUGGGUGAGAGUGUAGGCAACGGUGCAGGAGGUUUGUGGUGGCCUCACAAUCAAACACCUGUUGUCACGACAGCCGCUGCCUAUGACUUGAGUGGCAACGGAGUGAUCAGUUCUGUCGCCUCCAGAGUCGCUCGUUUGAACGACACCUCAAAUAUGAUUAAUUACGACUGGGAUCCAGAGGCACACCAUCAUAAUGUGAUCCAAUUGUCGACAACGCCCACCACUAUGACGACUACCACUUCGUCCAACUCUAGUAACAUAAUAGGCAUCCAUUCGGCCGAUAGUUAUAUAAAUUAUGGCCAAAACCAGAACCAGAAUGAAAACCCAUUGCAAUCGCAUCCACAACAGACUCAACAAGUGGUGAUCCGAUCGCAGCAUCAGGUGAACCACAAGCGAAGCAGCUCUGGAUGCGAGGGAGGGAUACCUGACCUGUUUUCGCCGACUGAGGGUCGGGAGUGUGUUAAUUGUGGAGCCAUUUCUACACCGUUAUGGCGCCGGGAUGGCACCGGACAUUAUCUGUGCAAUGCAUGUGGACUUUACCACAAAAUGAAUGGAAACAAUCGACCACUUGUUAAGAAUCAAAGGCGGCUAACAACACAAUCAAGACGUUCAGGUCUUUCGUGUUCCAACUGCUCGACGACUAACACAUCCUUAUGGCGACGAAAUGGUUUAGGAGAGCCGGUGUGCAACGCCUGUGGUCUAUACUACAAACUCCAUAGCGUUAACCGUCCGAUCACUAUGAAGAAGGACUCCAUCCAAACCCGCAAACGAAAGCCUAAACAACAGGCCUCAGGCCAACAGUCCUCUCAACCACUGUCCACAUCUCACUCACAACCCUAUUCUAUUCCAUUGAAACUGGGAAUGGGAUUAGGAGUUGGCUCAGGCCUUACGGGCGCCCAGGGCUUCAUCGCCGCACAAAACUCGACCCAAAAGGCACUGUCGGCGCGAAGUUACGUAAACUUCCCGACCAUCACGUCUUUAGGUGCCGUACAACUGGCCGCACAAUACCCGACCACAUCUCCAUACUAUUUGAAUAACACU